AUGGACCAUUACCUCUUCAUCUGCUUCUCGCAAAUGUACAACCUCGAAUCGGGGCUAGGUCUCAAUCCAGAAAGCGAUAACCGCACGAUCUUCUUCUACAACUUCAUCCUCAGCGAUCCGGCACUGUUCCUUAGCGUCAUACUCAUGGGAGUAACUCAUAAACUCGGUCAUGCUGGACGCAAGACCCACCGUGCACAGAUUCUACGACUGCAAAUGGCCAUCGUUGGCGCCAUAAAUUAUGCGCUCAACGAUUGCAAGCGAGCCACCUCCGAUGCUGUCAUAUACAGGAUUGCGAAUUUGGCAUGCUACGAUGCAUAUGGGGAGAGCCGGAAGAGUAUCUGA